AUGGCAUCGCAGGCCCGCCUGAGGAAGGGCAAGGGCCCGAAGAGCCCUCCAGAAAUCGAUGUCGACCUACCGGAAUCCGCAGCCGUUGCGCGGAUCGCUGCUGGGCUGCCAACCCCCAGGUCGACAUUGGGAUCGCCAUUGAUAUCUCAUGCUACGUACAAGAGGUCGGGUGUGGGUGAUCUCGCCGCUGGUCCAAGGAGACAUAUUUCUUUAUCAGAGGUAGAGCUGGUAUCAUGGAUGUGCUGCAUGGCUCCUGUUUUCAUGCUGUUUUCGACAUAUCUUUCUGUGUUUUUCUCCAGUCUCUUCUGUACCUACCUUGCUGAGCUGAUCUGCGCAUAUCUCACUCUGCUGGCAUCGCUCUGGAUCGGCAACAUGUCGCUCGCCUGCCUGCUGGGAAUCUACCGCCUUCGGGAGGCUGGUUCCAUUGACUGGCAUGCACGCCUUCACGAGAUCCCUGAGGAGGAGAAGAGUGGCAUCAAGCAUAUCAUUCUGCUGCCAAACUAUAUGGAAAGCGAAAAGAUGCUGAAGGAAACGCUCGACAAUCUCGCUCGCUCGAAGCUAGCGAAGAACUGUUUGCAUGUAGUGCUGGGCAUGGAGGGCCGUGAAGGUCAGCCGGCCCGUGCAAAGGCGGAAAGGAUCAUUGCAGACAAGAAGCACCUUUUCGCCGACAUCUUUGCGACCUAUCACCCACAGGGUCUUCCUGGUGAAGUCGCAGGCAAGUCCUCCAACACCCAGUGGGCUUUCCGCGAGGCUCUGCGGAGAUAUGGGGCGUCCCUUUCGAAGCGUGACCUGUCGAAAGUCUGGAUUACGGUGGCCGAUGCUGACACGCUGCUGCAUCCACAUUACCUCAGCGCAAUGACAUACCAAGGCCUCAAGAUGGAUAAGGAGGAACGCUCCUGGACCAUUUGGCAGCCACCGGUCAUGCUCUUGCGGAAUUUGUUUAACGUUCCGGCCGUGACUCGGGCAACAGCCCACGGGACGCUAAUCUUCGAGCUGUCAGCCUUGUCAUGGCAGCGCAUUUUCCCGGCAUUUGCCUACUCCUCGUAUUCGAUGACCUUAGCCUUGGCCUCGCAUCCUGAAGUGGAUGGCUGGGACGUGGACGUCAUCGCCGAGGACCACCACAUGUUCUGCAAGUGCUUCUUUGCCGCGCUCUGGGAGCUGUCACAUGCCAAGAAGGAGCACGCAAAAGUCACCAAUGGCGACGAGGGAAACGCGGUUGAAAUUGUCCCUCAGGUCAAGGUUCAGCCUGUGUUUUUGCCAGCCGUUUCCUACUUGGCUGAGUCUUCAGAUGGCUACGUGGCCUCUUUGAAGGCGCGCUUCCAACAGGGCCGAAGGCACAUGCAAGGCCUGGUUGAGCUCGGAUAUGUCUGCUUGCAGUGGGCGCGCCUCUCCUCCAGUAUUGGUGCCAGGAACAUCCCCUUGCGAACGCAUUUCUCCAUCGCUUUGAUCCUCGUAAAGAUGCACACCUUGCAGAUCACCUGCACGUGUCAAUGCUUUGCGCUCGUGAUGAUGGCUCUGACAAAGCUCGUGCCCAGGGCUGGGAGCCUUUUGGCCUAUCUUCUCCAAGUCGGGUUUGACCAGAUGCGCCAGGACGUUGGCUCGAUGCUGGCCUCCAUGAACGGCGCUGAAAAGGCUCUGGCUGCGGGGAUCAGCCAGAUCUCUGGCGUUAUGGUGCUGUACACUAUUGCUGGCGCAGUGGUCAUUUCAGACAUGGUGGAGGGGCGCUACUACCAGAAUGUUCCACGUGCGCAUCCAAAUGGUUUCGUGUGGCAAUGUUGA